GAGUCAGUCAGAUGCUGUAGUUGCCACUAGAAGCACGUCUCUCUGCGUUUCGUCCAGUUCGCGAUCGCGAAUUUUUUUAACCUGGUGAAGACAAAAAAAUUUCUUUGUCACAUCCUCACUGACUCGGAUCUGAAUUUGUUUAAUGUUAAAAAAUUAGCAGCGAAGAUUACUCUCCGAUAGCUCGACGAAACUUGUAUAAUUUUUUCUGUACAUCGGUUUUCGUGGAUUCAUUAACUACAUUGGAUUCAGUGGUGAAUUUAAGUGCAACUUUUAAUUGUGUAACUGUUGGAAUUCCUCACAUUGCAACCUGCUAUCCACUCCGCCUCACAUCAGAGUGGAUUUUCAUAGUGCAUCGUCCAGUCACUCGCCUGUUCGUGGUCAAAUCUUCCAAUAUUUUGUCGGACAACCGGAAUUUUAGUGUCCAGAAAUUUUAGGAAAUAAAAAUUCCUCUUCUAAAGUUUGACAUUCGUGCGAAAAGUUGAUGAUUCCUGCCGUAUUUGAUGUUUUAAUGUUUAAGUUCAUCUAGUCUUGGAAUACGGUUCCAAUGCGCGUUUUAAAAUGUGAAGCGUUUCUCACUGGGAUCGCAUAAUUUUUUACGCGUUCCUGCGGCAAUUUUGUCGUUUCUUUCGACCGAGAGUGAAAACUUGCGCCGAUGGAAUGUCAUCUUAGGAGUGCACGCUAGCUGCCGGCGCUUAAUUUGUUUUUAACUGCAUUUGGAUACGUUCGUCACGCAUAAUUACCAGGAGUGAUAGUUGCUGUCGGUCGUUGUAUGUGUUUUUCUUGACAUGGCAGAAAUAUUCGGUCUGAUGGCCCCUAAGGAUUUAUCACCCCUCAUUACUGAUUUGAAGAUGGCUUCUCCGGGCGACAACCGUGACGCAGGCUUCUGCUCGGGCGAAGACGAGGAUCUAGACGUGGACCACGCAGACACCGACGCGGACAACUCGCCGACGGACGUCAGCGAAGACAGCGUCGACGUCAAAGUCCACGUCAUCGGCGGCAUCACCCAAAAGCGCAAGCUCACCGCCCGUUCGGACUCCAACCCCAAACGCACCAAACAAGAGGACUCGAAAACCCGAAGCCCUUUCCGACCGUGGAGUCACGAGACACCCCGUCCGCACAUCCCUGCGCCUCCUCUAGUCCCAUGCGGCUACACGCCUCCCUUAUGCCGCCCCAUCGAGCAAGCCGAACCCUUGUCGUUAGUGGUCAAGACCAGGGACCGGAUCUACAAGCCCAAGUACGCGGGCCGACUCCGCGCCUCACCGGAACCCAUCAAGGCAGAACCCAUCUCUCCCACCUCGGAACCAAUCUCGCCACUUCUGAGGCCACCGGAGCUCACUGCCGUCCCCAGAGAGUCCCUUCUCGGCCACGUGGCAUACCCAAUGCACCUAGUUCCUCCUAUCGGACAAGACCGAAUCCCCGUCUGGCCGCCGCGAGCCACUCCCAAAGAGCCAAUCUCUCGAGACUUGAACCCAGUCUUUCCCGCCGAGUCAAUCCCCAGCCCCAAUGUGAUCCGAUCUCCUUCGGAGACCGUAACGAUUGACGCCACGUCGAGCCGGUCUCCAGGAUACGUCUCCGCGGAGCCCGUGGUGAGGUGUAGCGUUUUAAGGCCACCCUCCGUUUCCGAGGAUCGAGUCCCGCGGCCUGAAUCUCUACUCAGACCCAACGGCCUCAAGCGGGAGCCUAGCCCCAGUCACGGACCCCCGAAGCUGCGAAUCAAGAUGGAACAGCGGGAUACCGAUGACAGGUUGAGUAGGGUACCGGAGGAUUCGUGUGGACGAUUCGCGGUACCGGAGGAUCCGAGUGGUCGGUUCGCGGUACCGGAGGAUCCGAGUGGUCGCUUCGCGGUACCGGAGGAUCCGAGUGGUCGGUUCUCGGUACCGGAAGAUCCUAGUGGUCGCUUCGCGGUACCGGAGGAUCCGAGUGGUCGGUUCGCGGUACCGGAAGAUCCGAGUGGUCGGUUCUCGGUACCGGAGUCGGGGGACCUGAACCCGGCGUACCGGGAGGUGACGGUGAAGGAGGAACCGGAAGAGGAGCCGCGGGAGGGGAGGAGGAAGUCUAGUCAGCAGCAGCGGAACUACAAGAACAUGACGCGCGAGCGGCGGAUGGAGGCGAACGCGCGGGAGCGAACGCGGGUGCACACGAUCAGCGCGGCGUUCGAGACGCUGCGCCACGCGGUGCCGGCCUACUCGCACAACCAGAAGCUCUCCAAGCUCUCGGUCCUCCGGAUCGCGUGCAGCUACAUCAUGACGCUGUCGCGGAUCGCCGGCCUGGACUACAGCGCCGACCAGAGCGAGCCGUCCGUCGCCUCCUGCGUCGAGAACGUCUCCCGCACCAUCCAGAUGGAGGGCAAGCUCCGCAAGAAGAAGGAUGAGCAUUGAAACAAGUACAUUUGACUGUGACGUUGUUGAGCGCAAGAUACACCUGCUUGCCAGACGCGCGUCUAGACGCCAAAAGUAGGAUCCGAUCCUGCUUUCAGCAAGUUGUAGCCUGAUUGGCUACGGAGAUUGCCGAGUACGGCUGAAGGCCUACUCGCCACUCAAGACGCGCGUCUGGUUCGCAGGUGUACCUGGCACUUUAGAUAUAGUUCGGCACUUGUAUCCACCUAGUCCUUUUCACAUUUUUUUGUCAGACCACUCGAUCAUUUUUACUUCAUACAACUGUGAAAAAUUUUUACUGACCUGUUCACCUGUCCACUGGUGGUGAGGUUUAAAGUGUUCAAGUGAAGUCUAAAAUGCGGGAAACACGAUCCCUUUCAAAAUUACUAUACGCUAGGUAGAAAGUCAACUUCACCACAAUUUGCAUAGUUUUUCUCCCAAUUUGGGCCCAAAAAUUGUAUUAUCCUCCUUAACGUCAUUCUUAAAAUGUUUUCUAUACUGUUAAGCUGAGCCUCCUUUUUCCUUGUAACGUAACUGCUGAUUCACGUUUCUCAAGUUGUUUGCGGGCAUCUUCUAAAAUGUUUUCAAAACUAAAAGCCUUGGUAUCGCCGCUCAAAGUGUAAACUAACCAAAACAAAGUCUCCUCUUUAGACGCUCUGUAAUUAAUUUUCUCUUGUAUCUCUUUCAAUAUACCCUGAAAUGGCCUCAUUUCUCCAUUUUUUUCUUCUUUCCAACUGUUCAAUUAUAUAUAAUGUGACAAUACACUUCAAAAGUAAACAUCCAUCUAGACCCAACAGUCGCUGUGCGACUCGGGCUAAAAAUCUGAUUUAUGUACGCUGAUCAAAUGCACCAGACAUGUCAGCAAAAAAAUGUGCCACAAUUGGUGCACUCAGAUGUGCUUAAAGUUUGUUUUUGUAGAAUAAAAACUUUGGACGUGUUGUAAUGACUGUUGCUUGAAAAAAAUCUGUACCUCCGACCUUUAGGAACUUAUUUUAUAGUGGUUUAAGCGGCGUAAAACGGUUGCAGUACUUCAGAUAGAGUCAAUUUUUUGUGCCUUCGGAGUUGCAGCUGGGUAGGAUUGUUGUGUUAAAAAACUACAUGACCGUUUUUUUCUUAGUUCCUCGUAAUGCGUCUGGAUCGGCUUCAACUAAAAAUCUGUGCCAUUAAAUCAUGCAAAUGCCAUGUAAUGUAUUCAUGGAUUCAAAUGUAUUUAAGGAAGUCGAUGUAAACACCCAGACAGUGUCUUCACCCUCCAAUUUCCGGAUGGCACGUCAGGUAGGAAUCUGAGAAGGAAAAAUUUCUUUCUCAUUUAUAAUGCGUCAAAGACGCUGUUACAUAUUAAACAUUUUAUGCUUUUGUUUAAGUAACCUAUAAAAUGUUUAAUAUCAAUUCAAUUUAUUGUUUCCUCCAACUGAUCACAUUGAGUUGCAAGGACCAAGAAAAAAACAGCUUGGAAUAAUUUUUGCCUCUGACACGCUCUUUUGGGUGUUCAUAACUUGAAAAAUAGUCAAUAAUUCCGCUUUAUAGACAUUAAAAUAGAAAACUGUUUUCCGAACAAUUCUUUCCAUUUCUUUAUGCAUUAUACUGGUUUAAGCGCAUCAUUUAUGCUCAAAUAUUGGCUGUAAUGUUUGUAAUUUGAUAUUGAAAUCGUCUUGAAUUCAGAAAUUUUCUUUUCGUUUCAUCGCCUACUCUACUAUUGCCAUUUGUAUGGACAAUUUUAAAGAGUGACGGAUUUGAUUUGGUAUUUUCGCGCUUUAGUAAGCUAACUUUUUGUCAAGGAACUUUCCUGAAAAAAUGCACCCGUUUGUUCGGAAUAAUCUUAAGGAGAGAGAGUCAUCAGCGUAAUUUUGGUGAAAACAUAAUGUACGUCAACCAUGAAUUUGAAUUUCUAUCAAUGUAUAUGCACAACUUUGACUUGCCCAAUGAUUUGUGCAAUAAAGUGGAACUCAUACUUCUAGUGUAUCAAUGUCAAAUCGAAUCUGUUGAAAAGAUGCCGAGUGUAGCAAUCGUAUUAUUUCUAGUUAUUGUCCCACGGAUAUUCGGGUGCGAUCAUUGUUGAAAUAUGUUGUAUAUCUGAUAAUAUCACCAUCAGAGAAAAUAAAAAUUCCAAAA